AUGAAGAGCUUCAUUGCCAUUGCGUCUCUGGCUGUCGGUGCCAACGCCCUCGUUGGCCGCAGUGACAGCUGCUGCUUCCACCUCACCGCAUCAGGUGAUGAGUCCGGCUCUCUGGGACAACUGAGCGAUGGACAGGUCCGUGUUGGCGACAACAGCCUCUUGGCCGCCAAGUUCUGCCUGUAUGGAGGUGUUAUCACUGAUAGUGAGGGCCGUGGCUGCGUGCGCUGGUACUUCUGGCUUCUCUUUGAGCUCCUCGGGGGGCUGGAGUUCAAUGGGAGUCCUAGCUUCGUUGCCUGCGCUACCGGUCAGAACAACGGUGACAACAUCUACACCACCGAAAGCGACUCUGUCAGCCAGUGUGUGAGCGUCAAGCUUACCGCUGACUCGACCUGCGCUGCUGCCUCGUCAUCCUCUGUGGCCUCUGUUGCUCCUGUAUCUACCCCAGUCCCUGCCAGCACCCCAGCACCUUCGGGCUCCUCGCCUGUUGGCACUUCCUCCUCCAUCUCUGCCCCAGCGAGCUCGGUCCCAGUCAGCACGCCGCUCGCUGGAUCUUCAAGCAUGCUGACCGUGACUUCCUCGACACCCUUGGCUUCUACUAGCACUGCUGCUGCCAGCACCGCCGCUUCGUCGGCUUCUUCUGCUUCGUCGACCGUUGCCCCCGCAUCUAGCUCGACUGCUGCUAGUGCUGCUACUAAGUUUGAGUUGGGUAACUUGGCCACUGUAAUGGUGGUUCUCUCCAUGGCGUCUCUCUACCUUGUCUAG